AUGGAGGCUUUCCAACUGCUAUCUCGCGGAGGGAUCAGAUUCGACAAGAGCAGGUUCAGGAAGGAUGUGCAACUCUUUGAUAAAACCAAGGCAUCUUCUCACAAGGGAAAGAGUGUAGCAAAAGCUGCGGAUGAGGAAAUACCGCCAGAGUUAGACUUCUUCAAGUAUGCGCAAGGCGGUUCCUCGAAGCGCAAGGCCUCAGAAGGCGAAGGCGAUACUCCAACGAUGAAAAAAUCGAAGAAGCAGAGAACAGAUGAUGAAGACUCCGGCGGCCAGACUCAGGACGAGGAAGACCCACCCAUGCCCAGGCAUCGUGUUACGACGAAAGGGACCAAUGUGCCCGAACACGCAGAAACCUUCCAAGCGUUUCAGGAACAAUAUAACAUGUCGCCUGUACUGCUGUCGAACCUCAAGCAGAGUGGUUAUAAGCAUCCGACUGGUAUUCAGUCAUACGGCAUUCCGAUCCUAAUGGAGUCCAGAGACCUCGCUGCCAUUUCGCCAACUGGAACAGGAAAGACGCUGUCAUAUCUGCUACCCGUCAUGUCGCUGUUGGGCUCUCCUUCCUCUCGCGCGAAGGAUGAACAUGGGACAGGUGUUCGCGCUCUCAUUCUCGCGCCGACACGUGAAUUAGCGCAUCAAAUUCACAACGAAUGCCUCAAGUUAGCGCAAGGCCGCAAAUGGAGGAUUACUCUUUUCAGCAAAGCUACUGCUAGUACAUUAGCAGACAAAAGCGUGCGGGAUAAAGUAGACAUCGUAAUUAGCACACCAUUGCGGUUGGUCUCGGCUCUACAAGCCGGCCAUCUAGAGCUUCAUAAUGUUAGACAUGUUGUCCUCGACGAAGCGGACCGGAUGCUUGACACCGAGUUCCUCCCGCAAGUCCAAGAAAUCAUAUCCGCGUGCACAUACCCUCGGGUACAAAAAGCUGUCUUUAGUGCGACUCUGCCUGCAGGCGUCGAGAAGGUCGCAAUGAGCAUGCUCAAGGACCCUAUUCGAGUGGUCGUCGGUCUCAAAGACACGCCCUUACCCCUCAUCGCACAAUCGCUCGUCUACGUAGCGGACGACCCGUCAAAGCUACCUACAUUGUUGCAGUACCUAUCACAACCGUACAAUCCACCAGUGCUUGUAUUCGUUUCUUCACAGCCACGUGCUACGUCACUAGCGGAGGAACUAGUCCUCAACAGCGUGCCAAACGUCGAUUGCCUGCACGCGGGUAUGAGCAGGAAGGAGCGAGAGGAGGCCGUCUCGCGCAUGCGGCGUGGUGAAAGCUGGGUAAUGGUGAGCACAGAGGUGAUGGCCCGAGGCAUGGACUUCAAGGGGGUCAGGGAAGUCAUCAACUAUGACUUUCCUCAGAGUGUGCAGAGCUAUGUUCAUCGCAUCGGUCGCACGGGUCGCGCCGGGAGGGAAGGCAAGGCGAUAACGUACUUCACCGAUGAAGACGCGCCAUUUCUGAAAACCAUUGCGAACGUACUGCUUCAGUCUGGGUCCCCUGUACCCGAGUGGAUACUCAAGCUGCCCAAGCCGUCGAAGGUGAAGCGGCGUCAGAUGGGAAAGACGAGGCGCACGGAUGCAGUGAAUAAUGCGAGUAAAACUGGUCGAAAUGAUGCAAUCAAGAAGAGGGAUAUGAUUGCUGGCUCGAAAAGACGGAAGGAGAAGUGUCAGGGUCAGGGACUCGCCGGCGUUUGGAGCGACGAGUGA